CGUGGUUCGAAUUCUAAAUUGGUUUCGGAAUCGUUCCUUCCGCGAAAGAGAAGAGAGAUUCGAGUUUCCGAUCGAAAGGAGAUCGUCCUUCACUCUGCAUUGAAUCUCACCUUGGAGUAAAAAGCCUUGGGAGAGAUCUGAUUCUCCCCUAAUUUCCAUUUCUAUGGCGAUUCGUCGCUCGAAGCUAUGCAUCGCAUUGUUCGCGCUCUCUUACGCCAUCUGCGUCUUCGCCGGGAAGAGCUACUACGAUGUGUUGCAAGUGCCGAAAGGUGCGUCUGAUGAACAGAUUAAGAGAGCUUACAGGAAACUCGCUUUGAAGUAUCAUCCCGAUAAGAAUCAAGGCAACGAAGAAGCCACUCGCAAAUUCGCCGAGAUCAACAACGCUUAUGAAGUGCUCUCGGAUGAGGAGAAGAGGGAGGUGUAUAACAGAUAUGGUGAAGAAGGGCUCAAACAGCAUGCUGCUAAUGGUGGACGUGGAGGUGGAGGAGGCAUGAAUAUGCAGGACAUCUUUAGCCAGUUUUUUGGUGGUGGUGGCUCGAUGGAGGAAGAAGAGAAGGUUGUCAAGGGUGAUGACGUGAUUGUGGAACUUGAGGCCACUCUAGAAGAUUUAUACAUGGGAGGCUCUAUGAAGGUAUGGAGGGAAAAGAAUGUAAUAAAACCAGCUCCUGGAAAGAGAAAUUGCAACUGCAGGGAUGAGGUUUAUCACAGGCAAAUUGGUCCUGGAAUGUUCCAACAGAUGACAGAGCAGGUCUGUGAUAAAUGCCCAAAUGUUAAGUUCGAACGCGAAGGAUACUUUGUCACAGUUGAUAUCGAGAAAGGGAUGAAAGACGGAGAAGAAGUGUCUUUCUACGAAGAUGGUGAACCCAUUCUCGACGGUGACCCUGGUGACCUUAAGUUCCGAAUCAAAACAGCACCACAUGCCCGGUUCAGGAGAGAUGGCAACGAUCUACACAUGAACGUCAACAUUACACUGGUUGAGGCGCUAGUUGGUUUUGAGAAAUCAUUCAAACACUUGGAUGAGCACGAAGUUGACAUCAGUUCGAAGGGAAUUACAAAGCCCAAGGAAGUGAAGAAGUUUAAAGGAGAAGGGAUGCCACUACACUAUAGCACAAAGAAAGGCAGCCUAUUUGUCACAUUUGAGGUCUUGUUUCCUUCUUCUCUCACCGAGGAUCAGAAGAAGAAGAUUAAAGAAGUCUUGGCUUAGUACUCUUCUCUUUAGAAGUUUGGGGGUUUAAAAGAGAACUUGUGGUGGUCCUUGAGAUGUAACAUGGCUAGGUUUUAAUAUAGUAAAAAGAAAGGAAGACAAAGAAGAAGGUGACAAAAGCCAAUAGGAGGUUUUGAUGGAAUUUGUCUUUUGCUUUUGUUGAUCAAAUGAGUGCAUAAUUAUGCUUUUUUACUCCUGUGAAUUCUAUUUCCAGUAGCCUU